CUUUAAGCCCAGGUGGUGGACUCUACCCAAGGCACGGCCUGGGCAGAAGCGAAGGCCGGGAGGCGGGACUGAAGAAUGCGCAGGCGGGAGCCACGAGGCGGGCGCGCCCCUUUCACAGCUUCCGGCGGCAACGGGCGGUUCCGGCGCGCGCCCGGGGCGGCGCCGCGCGGCAGGGGACCGUUGGUGUUUGCGUUGGCCGUAGUAGACUGGACGGUGGACACCAUGCAGCUGACCGUGAAGGCGCUCCAGGGCCGGGAAUGCAGCCUACAGGUGGCGGAAGACGAGCUAGUGUCUACACUGAAGCACCUGGUCUCGGAUAAGCUGAAUGUCCCUGUGCGCCAGCAACGUCUGCUGUUCAAGGGCAAGGCCCUAGCAGAUGAAAAACGACUGUCAGAUUACAACAUUGGGCCCAAUUCUAAGCUCAACCUAGUUGUUAAACCUUUGGAGAAGGUGCUACUGGAAGAAGGGUCUGCCCACAGACUGGUCGACUCCCCAGCCACCCCAAUCUGGCAGCUGAUCUCCAAAGUCCUGGCCCGUCACUUCAGUGUAGCAGAUGCCAGCAGGGUCCUGGAACAACUACAGAGGGAUUAUGACAGGUCCUUGAGCCGCCUAACACUGGAUGACAUCGAACGUUUGGCCAGCCGCUUUCUACACCCUGAAGUGACUGAGACUAUGGAAAAAGGGUUCUGCAAAUAGCAUUCUGGGAUUGUGGGGAGAAAUCCCAGGUCAGGCCACAGCUGCAUGUUGCAUUAAAUGUGUUCUCAUGUCGCAGUUUGGCUCAUAGUGAUAAUAAUAGCUGGUAUGUAUCCAGCUCUUGCUAGGUGCUAGGUACUCAAAAGUACAUAGCCUGAGUUCUCUUCUGCCUCCCACAGCAAAGUUGAGGCUGCACUGUAGAGACACCUAGCAAUGGCUUGGGACAGACAGGGUCCAAGUCUAGCCAGCCUAUAGAAGUGCCUCUGUAGGAGAAAGAGUGUGCUGUUUUCAGAGAUGGGUCUUAGUAUUCCCAUUUAGCCCACUCAGCAUACACCCUCAAAAGACUCCCUCAGGAAGCCACUAGUUCCUGUCACCUGCCCUCUGGUGUGUCCCUUGGCAAAUCUCCAUAGGAGGCCAAGUGUUAGCUCUCCAGGGCCCCUCCGCUGCUGCAGCCAGUGUGCUCUUGAAUGACAAGCAGGUUAGGGGCUGGAGGAUCAGAAAGAUACCCCAGCUCCAUCAUAGUUUGAGUCAUGUUUCUAUGCCACUUUGGUCCCCAACCAAAGUGAGUCUAUCCCAUGUUAGGCACUCCUCUGACCUGAGUAAGUUUUCCUUCAUCCUUUAUCAGUUCAAGGUGGCAGUCUCUGCUCUCAUCACCUGCAGUUCCACCUUGUGUUCAGUAAGCAAAAGUGAAGUGAUAGCCAAGCAUGGGCCACUAGAUGGAGUAUCCUGGGCCUUUGUAACAUAGCUCCUCUCUGGAGCACCCUAUUUGCUUGGCUCUUUCUGGAAGUAGGUCUCACCCAUGAGGGACAACAGGUGACUCAGAAAGGCAGUGUCACAACUAGAACACUCUGCCUUGGUCUCCUUAUCCAGUGCUCACCCACAGUAUGAAACGGAUGCUUCCUCUGCCACCUGUAUACAGGGGCUUUUACUUUGCACACCUUCAUUGCUUAAGAAGAAACUCAGGGUACUGAGAAAGAGAUAGAAAUGUAUGCUGAAGGCAGUGACUCCUCUUUUUAUUUUACCUAUGCCUGGGUGCUAAAGGUCAUGUAAGUACUAGCUACUUUGAGGAGGACCCCUGGGAGCAGUCAAGCUGGAAGAUAGCCACCUGCAGGACACUACUGUCCCUCCACUUUUGCCAGGAAAGCCACUCUACUAUGAAUGUUACUGGGGCUACACUUGCCUUUCUUGUUCAAGGGCCUCCUGCGUAAACCUUGUCAGUAAAAUCUUGUGUCCUUGUACAGAAAUGAUAGAGGCCUGAGGGGAUGUGCAGGUGAUAGACCCUGAUACUCCUAAGACCUGGGGUAUCACAUCAGGGACCUGCUUGUGAACAUGUGUAUAGAGUGCCAGCUCAGACAAUAAGCUUACCAAUGACCUUGUUCACUUUGAGUCAGGGAACAUAUUUGUAAAAUUAACACUAAAGAUGCAUGUGAGACAUUUCACGAAAAGAACUCUAUUAAUAAGCUAGACUGCUUUUGGUUUCCAGUAAUUGGUUUUAAAACACAGUAAAUUUACUGACUUAUAAAGCUGAAAAAGCCUAGGAGUACUGGCAGUGGAUGAACAAUUUCACCAAACAUCUGGCUUUUUUCCUACCUCCCUCCGAAUUCUCCAGGAUCUGCUUCAUCCUUACCACCACUUCCAAGGAUCAAAGCUGUCUACAGCUUCAUUAAAAUCUUUUAUUCACUGCCAAUGAGGAGUACUUUCUUUCUGUAGCAUAGCUUCUGUCUCAGAUGCCCCAGCAAAUAAAUGUUGUCUCUUACUGGUCA